UGAGCCAUUCUUUGGGGCAGGCAAGGCAUGGGGAAUUCCCCUCCCGCCCCCACCAGCUGUAGGUUCCCCAAGUGUGGGCAGGGGGGGACCCACAGGUUCCCAUGUGACAUUGUGUGUGUAUGUGUGUGUGUGUUUUCUUUCUCCAUCCCUUUCUCUCUCUCUCCAUCCCCGCCCUUCUCCCAUCCCUCCAUCCCUCCCCUCCGCUUCGCCGCUUCUCCACACACAGAGCCAUCCACGAAUUAACCUCGCCGGCUGAAGGACAACCAGGAUUGUGUAGCACGCUCUGUGUGUGUGUGUGUGUGUGUGUGUGUCUGGGGGGGGGGCACCCACCAGCCCCCUUUCUCCGCAGCCCGGCGGAGGGAGGAAUAAAAGAAGUUCGAUCUCCAGGAAUCUCGCCCCGUCUUUCUCUCCACCAGCUCGUUAAUUUCUGGUGCCGACCCAGCUCCGGGGCGGUGCGUGAUUUUCGGAGCCCGCGUCCGCGCUGAUUUCUCCGGGCGGCCUCGCGCCGCGCUCCUGGAAAUAUCUGUGCGGGGGGCAGCAGGUUUGGACGGCGGGAGACCGGGGGGGGGGGGGGCCCAAAUCCGGACCGCCGGUCGCUUUGGAAGGGAAUCGAUUUUGCCAAGGCCGAGCGGGGUUCUGUUCUCCCGUCCCCGGACCUUGACUGUACCUUGAGCAAGAAAUUUGCACCGGGACCAAAAAAGAAGUGACUACCCCUGGUUGGGGCAGGGAGGCGGGGAGACGCUUGGAUUUAUUACCCGCUUCGUGUCCCCCGUCCCCCCGCCUUCCCGCACGCCCUCGGCCGAUCUGCUGGAAAGGGGAGAAAGAAACCAGCGACCCCCGGGGCUAAAUUCGGCCCUAGCCGGAUUAACCUCGGUGGGGAGAGGGGGGGUGGGUAUAAUCCCCCCCUCCCAUGGCUUGGCUCUUCCGGGGGAUGAGCACGGCGUGAAACCGGCGAGCGGGACACCGGCCGGCGGGGGACCAUGGCGGCCCUGGCCAGCUCUUUGAUCCGGCAGAAACGGGAGAUCCGGGAACCCGUCGCCAGCCGGCCCGUGGCCGCCCAGAGGAAGGUCUGUCCCCGCGGCACCAAGUCCCUCUGCCAGAAGCAGCUCCUCAUUUUAAUCUCCAAAGUCCGGCUCUGCGGCGGGCGGAAAGGCCGGCUGGAAAAAACACCAGAGCCGCAGCUGAAGGGCAUCGUGACCAAGCUUCUCUGCAGACAUGGUUUCUACCUCCGGAUGCACCCAGACGGCGCCAUCGACGGGACAAAGGAAGACACCAACAGCUUCACAUUCUUUAACCUGAUCCCCGUGGGACUGCGCGUGGUCGCCAUCCAGGGCACCAAGUCGGGGCAGUAUAUCGCCAUGAACGCAGAGGGCUACCUCUAUACCUCCGCUCACUUCACCGCCGAGUGCCGGUUUAAGGAGUGUGUCUUCGAGAACUACUACGUCAUGUAUUCCUCCACCCUGUACCGCCAGCGCGAAUCCGGCCGCUCCUGGUACCUGGGCAUCAACAAAGAAGGCCAGCCCAUGAAGGGAAACCGAGUCAAGAAGACCAAAGCCGCCGCCCACUUCCUGCCCAAGCUAUUGGAAGUGGCCAUGUACCGUGAACCGUCGCUCCAUAACGUGGUGGACCCCUCGGCACCCCAGAAAUCAGACAAGGCCGGCUCCCCCAGCAAAGAGACAGCCAAGCCCUGCAAGGCGACGUAACCCCAAGGUCGGGGAGGGGUGUCGGCAUCGCUCCAGCCACGCCCCUCCCUUGCAUGUCUGCCCCCUUCUGCUCAGGACGCCUGCCUACCUACAUUCAACCUCUGGACCUCAGAAGAAGAAAAAAUGCCAUCGAGGGUGUGAUACCCUUUGCCAUCACCGGGGGACGACAUUGCCCUGCUGGAGAAAUAUUUAGGGGUUUGCGUGUGUGUAUAUAUAUAUAUGGUCUUCCAUGCCAGCUGAGAGCGUGAUUCCCUGUUUGGCCAACAGGUGGUGACAUUGGGAAAGGUUCUGAUCUAUGCCAGCUUCCUUUGGAGCAAUAAGGGGGCGAUGCCUUUUCCCGCCAGCGGAGGGCGACGUUGGGAAAGCGUCUGAUUGCCGCAAUAAGGGCGUGAUGCCUUUUCCUGCCAGCGGAGGGCGACAUUGGGAAAGCGUCUGAUUGCCCAUAAUAAGGGCGCGAUGCCUUUUUCCAUCAGCGGAGGGAGACACUGGGAAAGCGUCUGAUCGCCGCAAUAAGGGCGCGAUGCCUUUUUCCACCAGCGGAGGGCGACAUUGGGAAAGCGUCUGAUUGCCGCAAUAAGGGCGCGAUGCCUUUUUCCACCAGCGGAAGGCGACACUGGGAAAGCGUCUGAUUGCCGCAAUAAGGGCGCGAUGCCUUUUUCCACCAGCGGAGGGCGACGUUGGGAAAGCGUCUGAUCGCCGCAAUAAGGGCGCGAUGCCUUUUUCCACCAGCGGAGGGUGACAUUGGGAAAGCGUCUGAUCGCCGCAAUAAGGGCGCGAUGCCUUUUUCCACCAGUGGAGGGCGACAUUGGGAAAGCGUCUGAUUGCCGCAAUAAGGGCGCGAUGCCUUUUUCCACCAACGGAGGGCGACACUGGGAAAGAGUCUGAUUGCCAUAAUAAGGGCGCGAUGCCUUUUUCCAUCAGCGGAGGGCGACACUGGGAAAGCGUCUGAUCGCCGCAAUAAGGGUGUGAUGCCUUUUUCCACCAGCGGAGGGCGACGUUGGGAAAGCGUCUGAUUGCCGCAAUAAGGGCGCGAUGCCUUUUUCCACCAGUGGAGGGCAACGUUGGGAAAGCAUCUGAUUGCCAUAAUAAGGGCGCGAUGCCUUUUUCCACCAGCGGAGGGCAACGUUGGGAAAUCAUCUGAUUGCCACAAUAAAGGCGCGAUGCCUUUUUCCACCAGUGGAGGGCGAUGAUGGGAAAGCGUCUGAUUGCCAUAAUAAGGGCGCGAUGCCUUUUUCCACCAGCGGAGGGCGACAUUGGGAAAGCGUCUGAUUGCCGCAAUAAGGGCGCGAUGCCUUUUUCCACCAGCGGAGGGCGACACUGGGAAAGCGUCUGAUUGCCGAAAUAAGGGCGCGAUGCCUUUUUCCACCAGCGGAGGGCGACAUUGGGAAAGCGUCUGAUUGCCGAAAUAAGGGCGCGAUGCCUUUUUCCACCAGCGCAGGGCGACAUUGGGAAAGCGUCUGAUUGCCGCAAUAAGGGCGCGAUGCCUUUUUCCACCAGCGGAGGGCGACACUGGGAAAGCGUCUGAUUGCCGAAAUAAGGGCGCGAUUCCUUUUUCCACCAGCGGAGGGCGACAUUGGGAAAGCAUCUGAUUGCCAUAAUAAGGGCGCAAUGCCUUUUCCCGCCAGCCGAGGGCGACAUUGGGAAAUCGCCCCCGGGCUUGACACCACCGAGUGGCGACACGGUCACGUUGGGAGAGACUAUUAUAUACGCCAUUUUCCCUUGCAAUAAAAAGACAGUGUGUUCCUCUUUCCCACCAGCAGGUGGUGACGUUGUCACACCAGGGGGAAAAGACGGUUCCACAGUCUAGCUGAUACCCUUUCUCCCCACUAGGUGGCAACACUGUCACAGCAGGAGAGAGUGUUCUAGACGUCACCUUCUCCGGCACACGCCAGGGCGUCGCACCUUCUUCGACCACCAGGGGGUGACAUUGUCACCAGGGGCGGGGGAAGAGAGCCAUCCGUGCCGGAUUUCUUCGCCGUUUCGAUGGAAAUGAGAAGCCAAUCCGGGUGGGGGAAGGGAGAGGCAACAGGAAACUCCGCCCCUUUUCCCCACCAGCCCCUCCCCUUCCAACAUGCCCAAUACUGUCGGAUGCAGCCCUGC